AUGACUCGAUCAUGCUCGCUAAAGAUUUGCCAACCUAAGUGCAGAAAAAAAAAGGACCUAUCAAUCUACACAUUAUCUAUCUAUCUAUCUAUCUAUCUAUCUAUCUAUCUAUCUAUCUCAGUUUGUUCAUAUCUAUCUAUCUAUCUAUCUAUCUAUCUAUCUAUCUAUCUAUCUAUCUAUCUAUCUAUCUCCCAGCCCGAUUUAUCUAUCUUAAUCUAUUCAUGUUUAUCUAAUAUCUAUUCAUAUCUAUCUAUUAAUCUAUAUGCAGCUAUCAGAUGCAUCCCUAUCUAUCUAUCUAUCUAUCUAUCUAUCUAUCUAUCUAUCUAUCUAUCUAUCUAUCUAUCUAUCUAUCUACAGAGUGCGAUGGAUAAAUAUACCGUUCUUUAUCUAUCUAUUUAUCUAUCUAUCUAUCUAUCUAUCUAUCUAAGCAUAUUCAUUAUCUAUCUAUCUAUCUAUCUAUCUAUCUAUCUAUCUAUCUAUCUAUCUAUCUAUGUCCUUUUCGUAUCUAUCUAUCUAUCUAUCUAUCUAUCUAUCUAUCUAUCUAUCUAUCUACUAUUUCCUUCUAUCUAUCUAUCUAUCUAUCUAUCUAUCUAUCUAUCUCUGUCCUUUCGUAUCUAUCUAUCUAUCUAUCUAUCUAUCUAUCUAUCUAUCUAUGUCAUUUCGUAUCUAUCUCUGUCCUUUCGUAUCUAUCUAUCUAUCUAUCUAUCUAUCUGUUUCCAUUUAUAUAUCUAUCUAGCUGUCUUAGACUAUUUCCUUAUAUCCAUCUAUCUAUCUAUCUAUCUAUCUAUCUAUCUAUCUAUCUAUCUAUCUAUCUAUCUAUCUCUGUCCUUUCGUAUCUAUCUAUCUAUCUCUGUCCUUUCUUAUCUAUCUAUCUAUCUAUCUAUCUAUCUAUCUAUCUAUCUAUCUAUGUCAUUUCGUAUCUAUCUCUGUCCUUUCGUAUCUAUCUAUCUAUCUAUUUCCGUUCUUCUCUAUCUAUCUAUCUAUCUAUCUAUCUAUCUAUCUAUCUAUCUAUUAUAUGUAUCCAUUUUUGUUAUUAUAUCUAUCUAUCUAUCUAUCUAUCUAUCUAUCUCUAUUGAAGUGAAUAACGUCUCUUCCUCUUUCUCUUUCGCUGUCUAUUAUUCUGUCAAUCUGUCUAUCUAUGAUCACUCUUAUUCCUUUCCAAUCUAUUUUCUGGUCAUAUCUAUCUAUCUAUCUAUCUAUCUAUCUAUCUAUCUAUCUAUCAUAAUCUUUCAUUAUCUAUCUAUCUAUCUAUCUAUCUAUCUAUCUAUCUAUCUAUCUAUCUAUCUAUUUUCUCUAUUUCUUUCUAUCUAUCUAUGUAUCUAUCUAUCUAUAUUUUUCCGUUUCAAUAUUUAUCUAUCUAUUUCUGUUUCUAUGUCUAUCUAUCUAUCUAUCUAUCUAUCUAUCUAUCUAUGUAUUUCCGUUUCUAUAUCUAUCUUUCUAUCUAUUUCCCAUCUAUCUAUCUAUCUAUCUAUCUAUUUAUCUAUCUAUCUAUCUAUCUAUAUCUAUCUAUCUAUCUAUCUAUUUAUCUAUCUAUCUAUCUAUUUCUAUUUCUAUAUAUCUAUCUAUCUUAUUUUAUUUCAAUAUUUUUCUAUCUUAUUUCUGUUUCUUUCUAUCUAUCUAUCUAUCUAUCUAUCUAUCUAUAUUUUCCGUUUCUAUAAUAUUUAUCUAUCUAUUUCUUUGUUUCUAUGUUCAUUCUUUCUAUCUAUCUAUCUAUCUAUCUAUCUAUCUAUCAAUAAUUUAUCUAUUUUCUAUAUUUCUUUAUUUCUUUCUUAUCUAUCUAUGUAUUAUCUAUCUAUAUUUUUUUCAAUAUUUAUCUAUCUAUUUCUGUUUCUAUGUCUAUCUAUCUAUCUAUCUAUCUAUCAUCUAUUUCUAUCUAUCUAUCUAUCUAUUUUCGUUUCUAUAUCUAUCUAUCUUAGUAUAUUUCUUUAUUUCUAUCUUAGUCUAUUUCUUUCUAUCUAUCUAUGUAUCCAUCUAUCUAUAUUUUUCCGUUUCAAUAUUUAUCUAUCUAUUUCUGUUUCUAUGUCUAUCUAUCUAUCUAUCUAUCUAUUUUCUUUUCUAUAUCUAUCUAUCUUAUCUAUUUCUUUCUAUCUAUCUAUCUAUCUAUCUAUCUAUAUUUUUCCGUUUCUAUAUUUAUCUAUCUAUUUCUGUUUCUAUGCCUAUCUAUCUAUCUAUCUAUCUAUCUAUCUAUCUAUCUAUCUAUCUAUCUAUCUAUUUUCGUUUCUAUAUCUAUCUAUCUUAGUAUAUUUCUUUAUUUUUAACUUAGUCUAUUUCUUUCUAUCUAUCUAUGUAUCUAUCUAUCUAUAUUUUCCGUUUUCUAUAUCUUCUAUUUCUAUCUAUUUCUCUUUCUAUUUCUAUCUAUCUAUCUAUCUAUCUAUCUAUCUAUCUAUCUAUCUAUCUAUCUAUUUCGUUUCUAUAUCUAUCUAUCUUAGUAUAUUUCUUUAUUUCUAUCUUCUAUUUUAUUUCUUUCUAUCUAUCUAUGUAUCUAUCUAUCUAUAUUUUUCCGUUUUAUUAUUUAUCUAUCUAUUUCUGUUUCUAUGUCUAUCUAUCUAUCUAUCUAUCUAUCUAUCUAUCUAUCUAUCUAUCUAUCUAUCUAUCUAUUUUUCGUUUCUAUAUCUAUCUAUCUUAGUAUAUUUCUUUAUUUCUAUCUUAGUCUAUUUCUUUCUAUCUAUCUAUGUAUCUAUCUAUCUAUAUUUUUCCGUUUCAAUAUUUAUCUAUCUAUUUCUGUCUCUAUGUCUAUCCAUCUAUCUAUCUAUCUAUCUAUCUAUCUAUCUAUCUAUGUAUUUCCUCAAUUUUUUUCUAUAUAUCUAUCUAUUUCCGUUUAUCUAUCUAUCUAUCUAUCUAUCUAUCUAUCUAUCUAUUUUCGUUUCUAUAUCUAUCUAUCUUAGUAUAUUUCUUUAUUUCUAUCUUAGUCUAUUUCUUUCUAUCUAUCUAUGUAUCUAUCUAUCUAUAUUUUCCGUUUCAAUAUUUAUCUAUCUAUUUCUGUUUCUAUAUCUAUCUAUCUAUCUAUCUAUCUAUCUAUCUAUCUAUCUAUCUAUUUUCUCUAUUUCUUUCUAUCUAUCUAUGUAUCUAUCUAUCUAUAUUUUUCCGUUUCAAUAUUUAUCUAUCUAUUUCUGUUUCUAUGUCUAUCUAUCUAUCUAUCUAUCUAUCUAUCUAUCUAUCUAUCUAUCUAUCUAUUUUUCGUUUCUAUAUCUAUCUAUCUUAGUAUAUUUCUUUAUUUCUAUCUUCGUCUAUUUCUUUCUAUCUAUCUAUGUAUCUAUCUAUCUAUAUUUUUCCGUUUCUAUAUUUAUCUAUCUAUUUCUGUUUCUAUGUCUAUCUAUCUAUCUAUCUAUCUAUCUAUCUAUCUAUCUAUCUAUGUAUUUCCGUUUCUAUAUCUAUCUUUGUCUAUUUCUUUAUUUCUUUCUUUCUAUCUUAGUCAAUUUUUUUCUAUCUAUCUAUCUAUUUCCGUUUAUCUAUCUAUCUAUCUAUCUAUCUAUCUAUCUAUCUAUCUAUCUAUCUAUCGAUUUCCGUUUGUAUAUCUAUAUAUAUUGGAACAGUGUAUGUGGUUAG